AGCUGAGCCAGUUUGUUGUAUUGUAAGGCUAAAAUAGCGGAAACAUUUCCAUAGUGGGACACUUCUGCUACUCUCUGAUCCAACUACAGCCCGUUAACGCCAUUAGAGGCUCAUCCAGCCUUCACAUAACUACAGUCAAUACUCUUGCAUUUUGUCUGUCCUUGUGUUUAGCGUUCAGCUCUAGUACAACUUAAGAUCUUUAUGUGUGAUCUGAUGGGAUGCAGAGUUUUGUUCUCCUGGAUUGUUGCUCAACAGGCCAAAUGUUUUUGCAGAAGAUUCUCCUAAAAAAGAUUUUUCUCUUUUCCCCUACGGCUCGUUCUCAGUUCUUUCAGCCCAUCUGGAAAUGUUGUGAACUUUUCCGUCUUUGAAAGUGACGGAGUCAGACAAAGAGCUAGUAUGUACAUUAGAAAGAGGGAUUUCCUGCGAACUGCCAUCAUUCCAGCCUUGAAUAAUGUUGGGGGCCACACACCAUAACGGCCCCGCUCACUUCUGAGCCCAAAAUGGAGCUGAAGGUCUGGGUGGAUGGCGUCCAGAGGGUUGUGUGCGGUGUCACAGAAGCAACCACCUGCCAGGAAGUGGUGAUUGCUCUGGCCCAGGCUAUAGGUCGCACUGGGAGGUACACUUUAGUUGAGAAAUGGCGGGACACAGAGCGCCACUUAGCCCCUCAUGAGAGCCCAGUGGCCUCUCUGAACACCUGGGGUCAGUACGCUGGUGACGUUCAGCUAAUACUUCAUCGCACGGGCCCCUCGCUCACCGAACGCCCCCCGUCAGAAGGCCCCCCACUUAGGGGUCCUGAACGCGGCCUCCAUCGUCAGAGCCUACCUCCUCUUGCAAAGCUCCGUCACCCCAACGAUGGCUCUCUUCACCGCCGUGAACCGCGCCGGAAGUCUCUGACCUUCACCGGUGCGCCUCGGAGCCUGAGGGAGAUCCUGAGCGGAGGCCGGAUCGGGGAUGCCGAGGGGAAGCGGAGGCUCCUUCUGGGAAACGGGGGCAUUCACCACCAUGCAGGGCCGGCCUUUGGCACGGCUCCCCCAGGCCUGUGGACCUGUCGCAUGGAAGAUUUGGUCAGACUGGUCAGUCUGCAAAGAGAGACUCUGACCGUGCUGGAGAAGAAGCUGGAGGCGUACGAGGCCGAGCUCCAGGACUGGUCUGAGGGCCGAGGGGGGCGAGGGGCUGGGUGCGCUGCAGAUCUGGGUAGAGGUGGAGGGCUGUUGGAGGAGAUCCUGAGGCUUGAGAAGCACCUUAGGAAGAAUGAGGUGGAAAUGGAAGAGGAAGAGUUUUGGGCCACUGAGCUGCAGAUUGAGAUAGAGAGCGAGAGGCAGCUGGAGGAAAGACUGCAGGAGCUGCGUGGACGACUGCAGGGCUGCGAGAUGGAAAUUAAAGAAAAGCUCACAAUGUUAAAGGGGGUAGAAGCAGGCCUUGAGGAGGAGAAGCUGCAGAGAGAGCGCCAGGAGACCCAAUGGGUCAGUGAAGCUGAGGCGCGAGCUCAGGUCCUCCGGGUCAAGGCAGAGUUGAAGGCCCAAGAGAGACAGGCCAUCCAGCUGGAGAGCAGCUGCAGGGCUGUGGACAGAUCACUUGGACAAAGCAGUAAGAAACUACAGGACAUGCAGCAGGAGCUGGAGCAGCUGACCAAGGAGCUGCGGCAGGUGAACCUGCAGCAGUUCAUCCAGCAGACUGGAACCAAGGUCACAGUGCUGCCCGCUGAACCAACGGAGGAGGACUGUGCAAACAGCAGCUCUGGUUCAGAUUUGGCGGUGCUGACUGGCUCGCUGAAGCGUCCUGUGUCCACCCAGCCUUUGUCCAGCCACCUCCGCAUCCUCGCCAACCCUCUUAGCUCUGGCCUGAACCCAGAGGGGAUCUACGUCUGACCCUAAGCAGGACAUCUCUCAAGACUAUGCAUUCUUUGUUUUUAAUCCUAUAGUGUGAAGUGUAAAGAUAUGGUAAACAUACAAUCUCUGAAUGAAAAUAAUCGAGCGCUUAGUGGAAGAAAACACCAAUUGGCAGGUAUGGUCAGGAAAAAAACCACUGCACCCUAUUGACUGGUGCAUCCAUGUUUUCCAUUUCUCUCUGAAACAUCUGGCUGUUGUGGACCUUCUCCAUCAGCAUAUCCACUUAUUGUACUUUCACUUUACUACCUGCUGAAUGAUUUAUAUUCAUCUUUUUGCCUUUUAGAAAGCGACCAUGAGAAUCUUUGUAUAUGUACGUUUCUCUCUCCAGCAAAAUGUCGGGUUCUUCUUGAAGUGAAGGAUCCACUUGUUUGUAGUAGAGCUGUGAACAAUCCCUCCCUGUGCUCUGUUGGUUCAAGUUAAAACUAUGCACAAAUGGUUCAUAUUUUUGUUACUGAAUGUUCCUGUGUGUACUUACCAAAAUGAAGGCUUACUGUAGAUGUUUGUACUCUUUAGCUUUAUUCAGUGAGUGCAUUUUAUUCUGAAGUUGUGCAUUCCUGCAGUAAUGGCUGCAUAUUAAACCAGUGUUAAUUCUCCUUUUUAGCUGUAUUUUUUUGUUGUUCAACGACAACAACGUAUAUAUAUAUAUAUAUAUAUAUAUAUAUAUAUAUAUAUUCUGAAUGUAUUUUAUGCUUGUUUAUCUUAUAGAUUGUGUGUGGCCAAAGAUUGAGCUUGUUGCAUGAUUGUGCUGGCGGCCAUCUUUGAAUGUGCAGAGAGUUCUCAAAGCCAAUUGGUCGACCUGGCAGUGGUAGUCAUAAAAUGGACAGUUGCAGCUACGACAUGAAGUAAGAGUGUGAGUAUGUAAUUGAAAUGGCUUGUGUGCAUUUGUCUGCAUGCGCGCACACGUAGUGUGGAAUUUUGAAGGUUUGAAGCACUUGUUAAAUCAUGAAAAAUGAAUGUUUGUCUGCAUAUAUGACAGCAAUUCAAGAAAUUUGCCUAUGUGUGAGUGCAGAAAAGCCAAGUUAUGAAGCUUCACUUAGGUUGUAGUUAAGCUGCUAAACACAUCAAAGUGCCUUAUCCUCAUAUUGUUAAUGGUGUUUUCCAGAUACAGCAUAGAGGAGGUGUUAUGGAGGGCGUUGUUGGAAAAAUCAUUAGUUGAGAUCAAGACAACUGUAGAAUUCAGUGCUGGUAUGCAAUGUGAGCAAAAGAAGCUACAACCUUUCUUUCAGUGUUUUGUAGUGUUUUGUAGGAAUGUCAAACUAAACCAGAAAGAUCUGUACUUUGUCACUGUAUUGUUACCGUAAUACUACAUGCAACAGUUACGUUUCUAAUCGUUUUUCCUUUGUUUUGUUUUUUUACUUGCAACACGUGUACUGUAAUUUGGAUCAGAACUUUCACAUUGUUGUGGUCACUGUUUACAACUUCAUAUCUUCUUGAGCUCUAAUAAGAUGUCAACUUUAAAUAACUUUUGUUUCGUUUUUCUUGCCUUAAUCUACUGCAGAUUGUGGCCAGUUGUGUAUGGCUGUAACAGAUUGCAGAUAUGAUAUGGAUUGCAUGGUUCAAUAAACCAUCUGAAUAAAAUAA